AACUGGACCAUCGAGCGGAAGUCUCACGUCAUUAAGUAUUUCCUGACAUAUGACCUAAGCAACUCUGCCUCCAGACUCCCUAAGCUUUUGAGAGGAAACCACCCUACAAACACAUUACGCCCCGCAGGAGCUUACUGAUCUCCAAAAGAUGUGAUUGUCUAAAGAAUGAGUAGUCUUCAGACGGGAUACUUGUAAGCCAAGUUUAACUUGACGAAAAAUUUAACAAUUUUUGGGAAAAAUCCUUCAAGCAUGUGGACAGUAUGUGCGGUGAUGUUGUUACCUUUGAUGUUUAAGGACUCACUUCAAAAUUCAGCAUCACCAGGUUCCAGAAGCAAUCAACCACUUCAACCAAAGACAUUUUCUGGAACAAUAGUGAGUAAUGAUACACUGUUCCCCAUUGACCAACCUGUGAUGAAUGUUAGUGAUAACAUCUUCAAUCACACCACUGGAAUACUGAGCACUAGAAUUAUCCCAUCUUCCUAUAUUUUGGCAAUCCUUAUUGGAAUCCCCUCCAACCUCUUCGUGCUGGCCUGCCUCAGUGGAAAAAGGAAACUUUCCGGUGGUAUCCUGCACUACAGCCUAGCUGUAUCCGACCUUUUCCUGCUAGUUUCUCUCACACUCAGAGUUCAUUAUCACCUUAACAACAACAACUGGGUCUUUGGAGAGCUCGCCUGCAAGAUAGUGACUGCAUGCUUUUAUGGAAACAUCUACUGCUCGAUACACGCCCAUAUGUGCAUUAGUGUGAUGCGUUACAUUGCAGUCGUUCAUCCAUUCAUGUACAGGAGACUUUCAAAAAGAUUCUGCGCGAUCUGGGCCAGCUUAACUGUUUGGGCGGUUUUUGCUAUUGCAAUGACACCAGAGUUUCUGAUUCAACAGACAUACCGCAUUUUUGGGCAGGAGAUCGUAUCUUGCCAUGACAUCCAGCCAUACAAAGCAAGAUCGAACCAAGCCUUAAUUCCAUACAGACUGAGUCUGAUCUGCUUGGGUUUCAUCCUACCAUCACUGGUUAUCACCUUUGUUUAUGGAUCUAUCAUUUAUCAUCUCAAUCGCUCCAGUCGUGACUGGAAACAUUACAUCAAGGCUAGCACGCUGGUGUUUGGGAUCUUUGUUAUGUGUUUUACCCCAAGCAGCGUAAUUCACUUUUUACACUAUGUGAAGCUGUACUCCCAUAACCAAGAUGACUUGUAUCAUUACUACAGAGUAGCUGUUUGCUUGUGCUCUUUCCAUAGCUGUUUGGACCCCUUCCUCUCAUUUGUCCUUACAAAGACUUCGACUUCCAAGCCCAAGCUUACAUCAUUUAGUUCUAAGCUUCUGAAGCCUUCCUCCAUUAUGUAAGUCUUAGGGUUUUUGAAUAGCAGGAUGUUUUUGCUGUGGACCCUGCCAGGAGGACUUCCUUAUCUUAAAAUGAUUGAACAGUGAAUUGAGGAUGUUUCGGUCUAACUAAAUGCUUCCCAUUUUGUCUAUUCAUACGUACAUGUGAAAAAAUAACCAUGUAUAUUUAAGAUAAAACCAAUUCAAGCAAAGAAUUUAAAGAAUCAGACUCGAAAGUGAGUGGGUCUUGUGUAAGUAUUAUGAUCCUGUAGCUCAGUUUGUAAAGCUUUGUAUUAACAAUGUAAAGGUCACAAGUUUGGACAUCUACAAAUAAAAAAAUUAUAUUGUA